AUGGGGAACAUCAGCCUGAUUCUUGGUAUACUCUGUUGGGUCUCCGUGUCAGUUUUUGAGUUUCACACUAUUGUGGUUCAGCCCAGAGAAGAUGUCACACUGCGGUGCUCCAACCUUAGCAGUUUCCCAGUACACAUAUUCUGGUUCAAACUUGUUAAUGGUUCCAAUGCCAACAUCAUCUCAUCUAUGAACAUUCCUGAAUAUAACGCUUCAUUGCGAGAAGGAUUUCAAAAUGGUAAAUUUACUAUGACAUCCAACCGCACAAACCUCUUUCUGAGCAUCACACAGUUGGAUUUUUCCGACUCUGGGCUGUAUAUCUGUGGAACUAGUUUAGAACUAAAAUCGGGAAUAUUCAGUGCAACAUAUUUACAAGUUCAAGUGGAUGCCUUUGUCGUACCAUUUUGGAUCCUAUGUGCUACAUCUAUCUUCCUUUUAAUAGUUAUCAUCUAUCUGGCUGCAAAAAAUAGGAGAACUCAAACAGCUCAAGCCGACAGCCAGAAUUCACAACAGAACAAGAACCCAGAUUCUGAUACCCUGAACUACGCAGCUCUGAAUUUUGUUCACAAACCAAAAAGGAACAGAAUGGCUGAGGAAGAGAAGGAGCUGGAGACAACUGUAGUGUAUGCUGCGACAAGAUAGA